AUGAUGGAUGAUGACUAUGAAGUAUUAUUUGGUGAAAAUUUACUGUUUGAUAAUGAAGUCGAUUUCACAGUAGAUAAUGAUAUAGCUGAAGAAACUACAGUUGAUCAAAUUUUUGAUGAAAAAUUAGAAGCUGAACUUGAAGAGGCAAAUAAAAUUGCAUCUGAACCUCCAGAAGCUCUUUUACCUGAAGAUGAACAAACAGAUUCGAGUGAUAAUGAUAUUGGUGAAAGAAGUACUUCGAAUAUUAAUCAAAAAGGUUUACAAAAUCCUCCAGGCGGUGUACAAGUUAGUAAAUUAUUUGCAUGA